AAUUGAGAGACUUUUUGAGAAUUUUGUUCAUCACUACUUGCACCUGCACUCUAUAACAUGGACAGCCAAUACUACUCCUAUGAACAAAAUCAUGAUGAGCUGAGGAUAGUGAUGUUGGGGAAGACUGGGAAUGGGAAGAGCGCCACUGGAAACACCAUCCUGGGACGAUGGUGCUUUGAAUCAAAGUUCAGUGCUAAGUCUAUGACUGUAGACUGUUCUAUGGGAAAAGCUGUGGUGCAUGGACAACAGGUUGCUGUUGUCGACACCCCAGGCCUGUUUGACACCAGGUUUGGCAUGGCUAAAACGAGUAAAGAUAUCUCCCAGUGCAUCUAUUAUGCUGUUCCUGGACCCCAUGUCUUCCUGGUGGUCAUCAGGCUGGGAAGAUACACAGAUGAGGAAAAGCAGACGGUGCAGAAGAUUCAAGAAAUCUUUGGUCAUGCUGCAGACAGAUACAGCAUGGUGCUCUUUACUGGUGGUGAUCUUCUUGAAGAUACCACUAUUGAGGAGUUCUUGGAUGGAAGUUCAGACCUGCAGGAACUCGUGGUCAGAUGUAACAACCAGUACCAUGUCUUCAAUAAUAAACUGAAGGAUGGUGCUCAGGUCAUCGAGCUGCUCCAGAAGAUCAGAAAUAUAGUCCAGAAGAACGGAGGAAGCCACUACACCAACAAGAUGUUCCAAGAGGCUGAGAGAGCAAUUGAGGAGGAGAAACAACGCAUCCUCAAAGAGAAAGAAGAACAAAUACGCAGAGAACAAGAGGAACUGGAGAGGAAACUACAAGAACAUCAUGAAAAAGAGAUGAAGAAAAUUCGUGCCCAACGUCAGGCUGAGAUAGAGAGGGAGAGGAGAAAGAGAGAGGAGGAGAGGAGGAGGGAAAGGGAGAGGAGGGAGUGGGAGAGAGAGCGAGAGAGGGAGGAAAGAGAAGCAGAAAGGAGGAGAGAGCGAGAGGAAAGAGAGAGAGAAAUUGCAAGUAUGCAAAGACGUUUAGAAGAACAACGUGAAAGAGAACUGGAAGAGGAAAGAGAAAGGCUGAGAAGGCAAACAGUACAUCAGCAACCUGAUAAUGAUUGUACAAUUCUCUGAUUUGUUUUUUCUGUUUGUCUUUUUAUUUAUGUGCUGCUGUGCUGGUGUGAAGUAAACAAUCUUUAAAUUCAAUCCCUUCCUCUCACUAUGACGCUGGAUGGUAAUAACAUUGUCACCUCAAUUUAAC